AGUCACUCUCCCCUAGGCAGUGACGUCCUGCACUGCAAGCAUCUGCUGCCGGCCAGGCCCCCUCCUCUCAGUCAGGAUGACCCAGACCCUCUUCCUCAGCUUCUUCCUCCUCCUACCCGCGCUGCUCUCCCUGUGCGGCCCUGCGUACGCAGAUCCUCGCCGGGCCACCUCGCCUCUGCACAGGUCGCCACGCGCGCCCGCCGCCAAAGUGCGCCUGGCGGGCAACUUUGCGCGGGAGCUGAACGAGGGCCGCGUGGAGGUGCUGCACAACAACACGUGGGGCACCGUGUGCGACGACGAGGUCAACAUCAAGCUGGCCAACGUGGUGUGCCAAGAGCUGGGCUACCAGAGUGGCAUAACGUGGGCCCACAGCGCCAAGUACGGAGAAGGAGAGGGCCCAAUAUGGAUGGAUAAUGUUCGCUGUGAAGGCUCGGAGAAGUCCCUAAAGGACUGCAAACACAACGGCUGGGGGGUGAACGACUGUAAACACUCCGAAGACUUGGGGGUGGUGUGCACGCCCGAGCGCAGGCUGAACCAGACGGCCAGUAGGGGCUACACUGCUGCCAUCAGGCCCAACGGCAGCCCCGCCCCCCAGUGGCAGGGACAGGUGGCCACCCGGAGGCAUCCAGGAUAUGGCUACUACGGAAACGGACAUCCGGCUGAGGUCCCACGGUUCCAGAGACACCACCAGAACCAGGGCAAGGUGCGAAUCGAGGAGGUCCGUCUUCGUCCCAUCCUAAUGGCUACCAAGAAGAAGAACCUGAUCACGGAGGGUGUGGUGGAAGUGAGGCAUGCUGGGAGAUGGAGGCAGGUCUGUGACCAGGGUUGGAGUCUCAACAGCAGCCGGGUUGUGUGCGGGAUGCUUGGCUUUCCUGAGGCCACGCAACACAACGUCAGAACAUACAAGAAAAUAUGGGAUACCAAGGUGGCAGAUCCCUCAACGAGAUUGAGCGUCAUGGCAAAGAAGAAGGGAUUCUGGGUAGAGAAGGUUCACUGUCUUGGUACCGAGAACACCUUAUCUGAGUGUCAUGCUCAGCUGUCAAUCCCCCGUAGUCCCACCCCUUGUAAGAACGGGAGACAUGCAGUCAUCAAGUGUGUACCUGGACCCCAGUUUGCCCGCAUGUCCUCAGGACGACCCCAGGCCCCCUAUCCAGCUGUGCCUGUGCGUUUGAAGGCAGGCCCCAGGCUGGGCGAGGGUCGUGUGGAGGUGCUACGAGACGGUAAAUGGGGGACCAUCGUGGACCAUAUGUGGGAGCGCACUGCAGCCAGUGUGGUGUGCAGAGAACUGGGCUUUGGUUCAGCCCAGGACGCCCUGCAAGGAGCCUUCAUGGGCCAAGGUACCGGACCGAUCCAUAUGAACAGUGUCCAGUGUAUGGGAUCAGAACGCUCCAUCCUGGACUGCUACUUCCAGGAAGUCCAGCCAUGGACUUUCAAGCAUACCCAGGAUGCCUCAGUACGCUGCAACAUCCCUAAGACCGGCAUAGAGAACACGGUGCGGCUUUCUGGUGGUAGACUCGCAUCAGAGGGCCGUGUGGAGGUGUUGAUGGAGGCCGGGGGUCGUAAGCGCUGGGGCUCCGUCUGUAGUGAGAACUGGGGCAUCAACGAGGCCAUGGUGGUGUGCAGACAGCUCGGCCUGGGCUUUGCUGCCAGUGCUCAUCAGGACACGUGGUACUGGACCGGAGAACCAAGCUCUGCUGAAUUGAUCCUCAGUGGAACUCAUUGUGUGGGCACAGAAUUCUCAAUUCAGCAAUGUCGUCGCAACAACCACGUCCACUGUCCCCGCGGAGGUGGUACCAAGGCUGCCGGGGUCAGCUGUUCGGAAACGGCUCCUGACCUUGUUCUGGACGCCCAACUGGUCCAGGAGACAGCCUACCUGGAAGACCGACCUCUCCACCUGCUGUCCUGUGCCAACGAGGAGAACUGUCUGUCCUCGUCUGCUGCCAGGAUGAACUGGCCUUAUGGCCACCGACGCCUGCUGCGCUUCUCUUCUCGCAUCAUGAACCUUGGUCGAUCCGAUUUCAGACCCAAAUCUACGAAAGAGACCUGGACCUGGCACCAGUGUCACAGGCACUACCACAGCAUCGAGGUGUUCACACAUUACGACCUGCUGACUCUGAAUGGCACGAGGGUUGCAGAGGGACACAAGGCCAGUUUCUGUCUGGAGGACACGUAUUGCCCUGAUGGAGUCCAGAAGCGGUUCUCCUGCUAUAACAUGGGUGACCAGGGUAUUUCCGUAGGCUGCUGGGAUACCUAUCGCCACGACAUUGACUGUCAGUGGGUUGAUGUGACGGAUGUAAGGCCUGGAGACUACAUCUUUCAGGUGGAAGUAAACCCUUCGAUGGACAUGGCCGAGUCUGACUUCAUGAAUAACGUCAUGAGAUGUCGGUGCAAAUACGACGGCCACAGAGCUUACAUGUAUGGAUGUCAUGCAGGUGAUGCAUACAGUGCGGAGAUUGAAGACCUGUUCGAGCACCAGAGGCAAAUCACCAACAACUUUGUGUAGCCCAUCCCCGGAGCUCAGUACAGAGGCCUUCCAGUGGGGCCUGGAGACUACCCAGGGUGGGCUGAGGUCAAUGGGUCCUGACUCUUGGGACCUUAGCACCCACAGUAACAGAGAACACACAAAAAAUGGUGCCUGUUCAUCUCCUUGGCAGACAUGGAUACUAACAGCAUCAUAUCACAGCAGCGACCAUCACAGAGACCCAACUCAAACAGCCAAUGACAAACAGAGUGGGACAGGGGCUGCAUGGCGCCACAUGUUUUUCACUCUAGUUAUGUAAGAAGCGUUAGGAUACUGUUUCAAACUAUACAGAUUUUCUGUGAAAGUGGACUACUAGUAACUUAACUUAGUUAUUCUAAAAGUAUACGCAUGAAAGACCUUAAUGUUGCUAUAACUAAUGUGUCACAAGGAUAGUGGACGUCAUCAUUACGCAAAAGGAAAAAACUGUGGGGAAAAAAAUUAUUAUGACUUUGUGUAAGUUCUUUUGAAAAGGUUAAUUUAUUGCAUUUGUAGCAAAAAUUGUCUUUUUCCGAUUUCUUUUUACUCAUUUGAUUACUUGUAACUGCUCUUGCACCGCACUUCAAUGUUGGUGCUCUUUAAAACAAAUUACUGUAUCUAUUACUGUUGUCCUAUAUUAACCUCACUACAUUUCAUGUGAACAGUGUUGUACAAUGCAUUCUGGGUAAUUUUAUUUUACAGUUAUUUAGAUAUUUUAUUUUUGCUUUGAUAUGAACAAAAUCAUUGUUUUUGUUAAAGUGUUGUUACACUUCCCAUCUAGAGUAGAGACAAGAGAGAGAUCAAAGGAUUUGUAUGGAACAAAGCACUUUAUCUUUUAAACAUCAGUAUUCCGGUUUUGGCCCCACAUUUCUUUAAUUUGCUUCCAAAUUAACUGUUGUUGCUGAUGUUCACCCAAAAAAACAAGGUUUGUGUUUUCAUAAGUUUUCAUAUUCAACGUAUUAUUUAUGCUGUAUCUUUAUUUAUUCAUGGAGUUCACGCUCACACAGAAUGCUCAGAAACGAGUUUGUUAUUUUGCCAUUCAUUAACCAUACUGGAUAUUUUUUGUUUUUAUUACAUAAUUAACCAGGGUAAAAAAAGUGAUUUCAUACAAUAGCUUGAGGAUAUAGUAUUGUUUCAAUAAUGCAGAUGAGUAUUUUAAUUUUAUUUUUUAUUUUACUGAUUGAAACAACUGUAAGUGUACUCAGUGUCUCUCGCAGCCUCUCAGAAGGGAGGGGAAACCAUGCUGACAAAACCACAGUAUUGUGGUAGGUAGGCAGGCUGGGUUUUGAGAGCGUAUAAAAAGCCUUUUAAUUACGUCUGUUGGGUUAGACUUAAGGUUAAGGUUAGGGCCAUAGCAUGUGCUUUAUAAAGAAACACUAUAGAAUUGUUACAUGUGGAAAUGGGUAAGGCCAGAAUCUGGAUUCCCAUCUUCACUACUACAACUGAUUUCAACUGAGAGAUUCUAAGAGAUUUAGCCAGGGAGGCGGCGACGGAAAGAAAGGAUGAGAAAAUUAAGACGGGGAUGAAAUUUGGAGAAAGACUUAUACAGACGCGCAGUUUUUGUUUUUACAACCAGCGCUGCCUUUUUGUAGGCAGCCAUAUACGACGACCACAAGCUGGCAUUUUCAGCUCCCCAACAAGAACAACAUGUUUGUGUGCGAGAAAAAAUAAACUCCUCAGUUCACGCUGCAACACAGUAAACAGUGGCCUUAUUUUUUAACCAAUGCUCCACUGGACUGUACCUCUCUACACUCUCUUUGCUGAAUAAGUCCUUUUUUUUUUUUUCACACCAGACCAAACCAUGAUGCGAGUCCAUGUUCUUUACAGCAUGGGACUUGUGUUAAUCAUGUUGUUUUAUACCAUUAAUGUGUUUGAUGUGUUUGACUUAUUGUCUCGGCGGUUAAACCUGUUAAGACGACGUCCAGUUUCCAGGACGCUCAUAAAGACCCUCGUCAACUUAAUUAAUUUCCAUAGCAGAUUCUCUCCCCUCCUCAUUGGCUUUUAUGAUUUUGACUCACCAACGUGAUUUUGAGUUGUCGCUUUUGAAAAAAAUGACAGAGUCAGCCCCGUUACUCAAGACUGUGGCUUCAAAUGUCAGUAGAUGGAGCUGAAAGUCUAAAAUGAGUGUUUGCUGAUAAACCCUUCUGUGUACAGUUCAUGUUAACAUAUUACCAUGGUCUAUUCUGUGUGUUAUUUAAAAAUGAUAUGACAUUCCAUAGGUCAAGUUGGUUCAUACUCACCACUCUCAUCAUAUUACUGUAUUUUUUAACUAUGGCCAGUUACGCUUUUACUUUGUCUUAAAAACACUGAGAGUGUGCACUAUACGUGGUGCUGAUCAACAACUGUAGUCAUAGAAAGCUGUGCUCUCAGGGACUUUGACCUCAUCUACAGAGUAACAAUUCUAUUUCAUGUGAUGUGAAUUUAGCUGUGAUGCAAACACCAUGACAUCAAACGAGCGGGGAGCGUUUCGUUUUUCUUCUUUCUUGUCAGCGGUUUUAUUGAAAAUAAUCUGUGCCCAUGUUUAUUUUGUGGUAGCAAACAAAAUUGAGGAAUGACAGUGAUAAGCUUUGUUUAGUUUUCUCUGUUGAGAUCAGUUGUGGCUAUCGAGGACACACACUGGCUGAGUCCAAAGCUAGUUUCAGUUAAAGAGCAAAUCACAUUCAUCAU